AUGUAUUUUCUUCGAGCUUCUUUAACAACUCAUCAAAUUGAACAAAAAAAAGAGGAAAAUGGAACUUUUGGAGACAAAUACCGCAAUGAUGAAAAUCAGAUCACACCAGAUGACAUGUUUCAGAGGUUUUCCACACAACAAUCAGUUCACUUGAAAACGGAAUCAAUUAAAAAUGUAUUGGGAAUGCUUUAUCGAUGUUUGGUAAGCUUUACUAUUGUGACAUUGCAUCGUAACUAG